GGGGCCUACAUAUUGAUCUAUGGACCUAUGGACUUAUGGAUCACUGGACGGAGCACUGCAACACCUACUCGAACCUACGGAGUACUUUGCAUAUGAUCAUAUCUCGAGCAUAUUAAGGACAAGAGGACGUCCGGGAGCAGACGCAGCGUACAGAGCGGAGGCAGAGGCAGAGGCAGAGGCAAAGCCACAAAGGCAGAGGCAGCCGCAGCAGGCCUUAUCAGUUCUUGGGCAAUCUCAAUUGCAAUCCCAACCCCAACCCCAAUCCCAAACGUAUACGAGUGACAUUACGUGCACUUGACUUCGUGGGCACUUCAAAACAUCACCGCAGUGUUGAAGUCAUCUCGACUCUCUAUUCGAGUCCUUUCAAUUCCAGCCCCUCCAUUAAUCCCCUCCAGCAAGUUGUUCUGGGCCUCGGACUGGACUAUUCGCACUUCGCUCAUACGCCGCUGCACAUCCACUAUAACCAAAAAAGGCGCCGCCAAUCGCCUAGUCGGCUUUCCCCAGGACGUCAUCCAUACCCUGAACCGAAUCACCCUCACCUUCAACGCACCGCCCUCAACUGGCUUGUACUUUGCACAAAUCUUGGGAACAACAACAUUUUUUUUUCAACUGCGCAGUGCGCUCUAGUGCACACCGAGAGGAUCAAUGAAGUACGGCAAGAAUCUUCAAGCGCGCUCAGUGCCACAAUGGGCACCUUGUAAGUCAUCCCAUCCCAUCCCACCUCCAGAUCAGAAGUCUCAAUCUCGAUGCGCCAUGUCGGACACGGUCGGUCACGGUCGGUCACAGCUAACGCCCUCUAGAUAACGUGGACUACGACGCAUUGAAACACUUGAUCAAGACAAACACCCAGCGAGAUUCUGCACAAGCUGUCGCAAUUCCAGGCCAUCCUGAUACCGCAUUGAAGAAGUUUGAGGAGCAGUUCUUCAUUGAGCUGUCAAACCAACAUGAUCGGGUUGAUCUCUUUGUCAAGAGCAAGGCAGAUGAAAUUGAUCGCAGACUCCGUUAGUACAUGACCGACCAGCAGGAGGACAUUGGACCUAUUAAUAACACGCACAUGCAGAAUCGGCACAAAAGAAUCUCCUCCGAUUGCUCGGUCGCUGCGCAGAUAACAACGGCAAGCCAUUAUCCCAGAAGAGACGCGAGAAAUUCGCACGCUACGAUGAUCGCAUAGAAAAGUACGUUAAUAUCUGCGCAGCGAAGAAUAGUUGGUAAUAACAAGAAACAGAUGCGGCGAAGAGAUCCGGUUACUUCAACGCUUCUUUAAGGAGCAGAGAGUUGCGUUCUACAAGAUUCUGAAAAAGUACAAGGUAGGCGGGGUCUCACGCAGUCUGCAUGCAUGCAUAGUCAGCUAAGCUAAUCAAUCUGCAAAGAAAUGGACAGGAUCGCGUAUAGCUGAGGACCGAUUCAAUUACGAAAUCUUGAACAGCGCAAAGAGCUUCACAAGAAUUGAUCUUGAUCCCCUCUACUCUCAAUACUCCGAACUCCUAUCAAGCCUCCGAUCGUCAACACCUGACACAAGCGGUCCUGCAACACCCCAAAGCGGCGGAUCACGCCGACCUAGCACAAAUCCUCAUCCUCGGAUUCAACCAAAACCACAAAUAUAUUGGAAUGAGUACGAUGAUGGAAGCGAGGCGGAAAGUGAUCCUUACCUCAUAUCAAUUGAUCCAAAUGAGGAAUCCACCUUCCCAGGAGCCAAAGCCUUUGAAUAUGUCGUAUCAAAAGCACUUGCGCCAGUAGAAAAGAUGAAGGAAUGGUUUACCCCAGGCGGUCACUCACCAGACGAAAGACGUUCUCUCUUGCGAAAUGAGAAUUAUCUCCGCAGCCCUUCCAAUUUUGAUGCAGAUGUUGAAGAAGACGCAUACGCAUCCUCAAAUGAUCUCCCUGGUGGUUAUGUUGCACACUACGCUACAUUUCCUAGCGUCAAUGACCAAAGACUUAACAGAAACAAAGAGAUGCUUCUACACCAAGCUUGCGUUGGUAGUUUUGCCGCUUCCUUCAUCCUUUUGCUUAUCGCUGGGAUCCUCGUUGCAACAGGAAGACAUCACUACAGACUUGAGGUUGAUGCUGGUGUCCUUACUGGUGUUGUAGCAAGUCUUUUCUUCGCUAUAAUGGGCUUUGCCUGCAUGUUAUAUCGAAGUGAUAAUCUGGGUUGGCUUCAUCGGUCUUUGGUCAUCAUUCCAUUCGUGCUUGUUUGCGUAUUCGACGUUGUAUUAUUGGUUGUAGUAGCCGAGAAUACGGGGCUAUAGUUUGACAGGAAACUGGGUGGAUUGACAACAAUUUGCACCGCAACUCGACUGGAUAACUAAUUAUAGUAUUUGGAGUAUUCCUGGUACAUUGAACUCUGGAUAGGGCAAGGAACUGUUUGACCCCGGAUCUUGGUCAUCUUUUUCCUUAGAUCAGCCAGCUCGACGACACCUUUCCGAUCUCGACAUAUUUUCGUUUCGCUUUUGUUUUGAUUUCAUUUGUCUGUUGCAUUGUAUCCAAAGCCAGGCGUUCGGUUUCCCCUUUAUUUCACACAAUUUGGCUGUGAGGGAAAUGGAUAGAUUGGAAGUCUUUUGCGCCCGGGAACAAACUUUUGAUCCACCGGUAAUACCUUUAGAAGGAGGGUCUCUUUUGAUCAUGGACGAAUGGAUGGAUAGAAACUGGAGUCUAUUUUUUCUUCUUUGGUUGAUGGAUGG